AUGAGGCUAACAAUAUACAUAAUAACUUUCAUUUUGGGUAUAUUAAAUGUUGUAAAUGCAGAGGUAUUCGAUAUAGGUUUUAAUUUAGAUAUUGAUGAACCUCUUGAUCCAUUUGAUAAUGCAAACGAAUUCAUUGGAGAUAAACGUCUGCUUCUAUCAUCUUCAUACAAAUCUUCUACUGAUAGAUCGAAGGGCUUACAAGAGUUCACUCCGAUAAGUAAUCAAAUUGGUCAAAGUGAAACUCAAUACUAUUCCUUCAGCGUAAACACAUCUAGUGGGUUAGGUGAGUACUAUGAAUUUUUGAUUUUUCUAACUGGUAAUAUAUGUUCACAGCCUGACUAUUUGACAGCUGAUGAUCCGAGUUUGACAGUGUAUUACUCAUUCAAUUCAAGCAUGUUCAGCAAUUUUGAAUUAGGACAAAUGUCACACUUUGAGAAUGGUUAUUUCCAAGCAUUAGAGCGAGUACCUAUUUCAAGUGAUGAUAUUGAUUCAGUAUUAUACAUUGCAGUACGAGCACCAGAAAGUACAAAUCAGUCAGCUAUAUGGAAGUAUGAAGUAGGUGUAUCCCAAAAUGACUUGGUAUUUCAGUGGGACGAUAGAAGUUGGGCAUCCUUAGUAGAUACGGACGAAGAUUCUGCAUUAAUCGUAACAGGUAAUUUAACGGGCAGUCAUCUGACAAAUUAUUCUUCAUUAAAUGCAACCAAGUCAAAGUAUUCCUUAUUUAUAUACUCAUACGAUUAUAAGGAUUAUUUUAAGCAAUUAAAUAGUAGUUGGUGUGCAGUAAGAAACGGUCCGGCUCUACUUUCAACGUCUUAUUUCGAAAGCAGUUUCACAGAUAGAGGUGGUGGACUACAACAACAAUUCUUUGUUCCUGGAUUGAAUAGUUCAACUAAAUAUAUUGCAUACUUGGUAUCAGAUUUCAUGGGAACUAGCUUUGGGGGUGCAGUUUAUCAACCUUUCGAAUUUGAGACAUUGGGAACAAAUGUGUGUGAGUUAAUAUAUGAUCUAGAGUUUUGUGAUCAAGUUGCAUAUUCUGUUCCAAAUUCUGAGAAUUUAUCAAAUGAAGAUGUUAAAGGAUUAUACGAUAAUAGAGCUAAAUCUUUAUUUUCGAACUUUUCAAAAGCAUUGCAGCAAAUAGCAUGUAAUACCACUGAUAAUGCAAAGUAUUCACCAAUAAAAACAUGCAGUGAUUGUUAUGAUUCAUACAAGAACUGGUUAUGUUCAGUCACAAUUCCAAGAUGCUCUACUAGGAACAUUACAGGAUAUAAAUAUAGAGAAGUUGGUAAGUCGCGAAACAGCUUUAUUAAUGAUGUAAUCCAACCACAAUCUGAAUAUUUUGAAAUAUUACCUUGUGUUAACGUAUGCUAUGCCAUGGUAAGGGAUUGCCCGGCUGAUUUUGGAUUUCAAUGCCCUCAGAAGAAUAAUGAUACAAUCAGCUUGUCAUAUUAUUGGGAUAACGGAGGAAAAUAUGCAAGUUGUAAUUAUGUUGGAAUCACUCUUUCAGAUACUAGUAGCGCAAUUAAAAAGUUUGUAAUCAAUUGGGGUCUAUUAGUAUGUGUAGUUCUUGUUAAUAUAUUUAUGUAA